AAAAAGAAAAAGAAAAAGAAAAAAAAGAACUCUUCAUCCCUGUCUCUCACUCUCUCCUCCUUUUUCCCGUGGAUUUUAUUCAAUUCAAUAGAGCAGACAGCAAAAGAACUCGGUUUCCGGCAAAGAAUCGUCGGAAAAAUUAUUCAAUUUGAAGCUAAAUUUAGGGUUUUCAAGGAUGGUCCGAACAAAACAUCAAAAAUCCAAACCUAAGAAACAACCACAAGCAAAAAAGCAGGGAAAGCAGAGUAACAUCUCUGACUUGCGUGCUCAACUUGAUUUAUUGGAUUUGAAGAUUGUUCAAGUGACAGCUGAUGGUAAUUGUUUCUUCAGGGCUUUGGCUGAUCAGUUGGAGGGAAAUGAAGAGGAACAUGGGAAAUACCGUCGUAUGGUUGUGCAGUAUAUCAUGAAAUAUCGUGAACAGUUUGAGCCAUUUAUUGAGGAUGAUGUCCCGUUUGAUGAAUACUGCCAGUCCAUGGGAAAGGAUGCCACAUGGGCGGGACAUAUGGAAUUGCAAGCAGCUUCUCUUAUGACUCGUAAUAACAUUUGCAUUCACCGUCAUAUGUCACCUCGUUGGUACAUACGGAAUUUUGAUAACCAAGGGACACAUAUGAUUCAUUUGUCUUAUCACGACGAAGAGCAUUACAACAGCGUAAGAGUAAAGGAAGAUCAAUGCAGUGGACCUGCUAAACCUAUCAUUAUAAAGGCUGAUGUUAAUCUUACAGCAAGUGCACAACAAGCAAAAGCUGCAGGCGCUCAGUCAAAAGCAAGACCUUCAAAAAAUGUUGCUCACGAAGGAGCCGUUAAAAUGGUCAUGGCAGGCAGUGGUUGUGAUGAUGCUGAACAAGUUGAGCAUAUUUUAUUACUAGUAGAUGGUGAUGUUGAUGCUGCAACGGAGUACUUGAUAGCAGAACGAGAAGCCGGAGAAACAACAGAAGUAAAUGAUGUUUGGCAAGAAAACUAUGAAAUCGACAAUAACUUGAGUACAAAAUUUGAUAAGCAUGAGGAAAAGAUUGUUUCUGCUGAAGAGAUAAACAAUCAAGCGAUUGACUCCGAAAAAGUUGAUUGUUGUAAAACAUCUAGCAAAGUUGACAAGAAAUUUCCCAACAAGGUUUGCCCUUGUGGAUCAAAGAAGAAAUAUAAGGCAUGUUGUGGAGCAGCUUCUAGAAAUUCCUGCUCUAAAGUUGUAGUUGACCACGAAGCUCGUGCUAGAAGGGGUAAAAGAGGGAAGCAAGGGAAGAAGGUUGUACCAAUUACCAAAGCAGCUUCCUGUGGAUCAAACAAUGAAUUGCCUGAUAUGGGUGCGUUGUGCAUUUGAGUUAAAGUCUCUCUGCAUUGCAGGGGUAAGGUUGCGUACGUCUGACACCCCUUACGCCGCGUCUUGUGGGAGCCUCUUUGAGGCAAUGGGGGUAAUGACAAUGAUCACUUGAAUAUUUCCUUGAUGGUCUAAUUGAGGGAAGGGAAUGUGCUGCUGCAGAUGGUGAUGUCACUUGUUUUGAAAAUUAAUUCUUCUCUUCAAUUAUAUACCACUUUGAUGACAUGCAUGAAUUAUCCUGCAAUAAGUUCUAACUCAUGUACGCAUAACUCAUGUACGUGCCUUACUAUAUGCAGCGUUUUGAAUCAUACUACGUAUUAUAUACAGUAUACACCCUUGGUUACCCUUGCAACCUAUGGAAAAAGGCAGUGUAUGUGACUGUCGUAGCUUAGGAAUGAUACAAUGGCUCCUCUACAUCAAAUUCUUAAUUUCGGAAUAAGGAAUUUUCAUUUGUGAUUCUUUUAAAUUUAAAUUAGCCUUAGGUAGUUAGGUGAAUGGAUAUGCCUAGUGAACAUCUUGAUUUUUCAUUAGCGGUUUGUGAAGUUUAAAAAGUGUAAAUCUUCGGGUGAUCAAUGAUGGACUUACGUCCUGUUUUGCAAUUAGGUGUUAGAUGUUAGUUGUUAAUUGGUUUGACUAGCUAUCAGUUGUUAGCCAUUUGUAUUACCUGGAUUGAAUAAUUGGUUUAAUCAGUUGUUUGUGUAGUGUUUGUAAAUUAGUUUAACUAGCUUUUAAUUCA